ACGAAUUAAUUCGCAUACAGUAAAGCAUACGUGAGGUCUUUUAUCUUACCUGAUAAACGUGUCAAAUGCAGCAAAUAAUUGCUUUGGUUACAUAUAUUUUUGCGUUCUCUGUAUGUCCUUUCAGGCUUGCCGUAGGUUGAUUCAUGAACCACACUGUCGGUCAAAGUUUAGUUAACCUGCUGCUGACUGCUUCGGAGCGGCUGAAACCGUCAUAUUUCUCCAUAAUGACAGCACGAAAUAUAUCUCGAUUUUGGGAAUGGGGGAGGAAGAUCAUCUGUGUUGGGAGAAACUAUGCAGACCAUGCCAAAGAGCUAAAAAAUGCGAUUCCUACAGAUCCCGUCCUGUUCCUAAAAACACCUUCAGCGUAUGUAAGAGAGGGCUCCGCUAUCCUGGUGCCUCACUACACCAGCAACCUGCACCAUGAAGUGGAGUUAGGGGUGGUGAUCGGGAAAGGGGGCACAGCCAUCCCUCAGUCCGCCGCUAUGGAGCACGUUGCAGGCUACGCUCUGUGCUUGGAUAUGACAGCCCGGGACAUCCAAGACGAGUGCAAGUCCAAGGGUCUACCCUGGACCCUGGCCAAAGCUUUCAACACAUCCUGCCCGGUCAGUGAGUUCAUCCCCAAAGAGCGCAUUCCUGACCCGGGGAACGUGAAGCUGUGGCUGAAGGUGAACGACCAGCUGCGGCAGAGCGGCUGCACGUCCCAGAUGAUUUUCUCCAUCCCCUAUCUCAUCAGCUACAUCAGCGACUUCAUCACCCUGGAGGAGGGGGAUCUCAUCCUCACCGGGACCCCUAAAGGAGUCUCCGCCGUGCAGGAGCACGAUGAGCUGCAGGCUGGGAUCGAGGACGUUGUCACCAUGAGCUUCAGAAUAGACAGACAAAACCAUCAGUGAAACACUAAUGAGGCCAAAUACAUACGCAGACUCAUGAAGUGAGUGUUUUUACUGGAGAGUUGAAUAUAAUUCUUUUAAAUAUAUUUUCAAUACCUGGGUGGAUCAGCAGGUGGCAGUGCUGUGCCAUCAAGACCAUAUUUCUGAUCAAUUUUAUGCUGCCUUGUACAGAAUUUGGGAAUAAAUUUGCAAAAUACA